AUGAAGUGUAAUAAAGAUGUCAAUAAGACUAUCGAAGCUGAAGAAUAUCCAGUACCAUCUGCACUUAACGAAACAAAGAAUCCCACUCCUUCCAUCGAUGAAAUCAUAAGAAGGGCCAGUGCACCAGCUUCAAAAUCAUUAAGUGAUACCAGAAAACUAGAGAUGAUUGCCGCUUCUGCAAAACAAGUUGAGAAGAACUCAAAGGUGGUUGAAGCAGUCCCUAUAAGCAUAAUUCCACCCGAUUGGAAUAUUGCUUCUACCACGGGUGGUCUACUGAUGCUGGAGAAAAAUAAGUGUACCACGCCACCACCUGCAAUCUCAAAGGAAGCUGAUGAGCUUGAUGAAGAGUUAACAAAGACAGUGGAAAAGAUCCUCAAUGAAAAACCUAAGAGGAGAAAUCCAGCAAGAGUCCGCCGGUUGCUUGAACAUUUCAGUUCGCCAUUCAUGCUCUAG